AUGGGAGGAAAAGGCAAGGGAAUGAUUACUAGAGUGGAAACGGGCCCACGUCGAUCACCUCUUUUCCUUGCUAGUAGAGAGCUCGGCCCACAGUCCGACGGGGAGACCAUCGAGUCUCUCCAGCAGGCAGAGCCAGCUGUCAUCGCCGCCACCGGGACGCGGGCAACGAUUCCCAGCCAAUUUUCAACCUCCCUCAACAUCUCGUUAAGGUCUUCCUCUUCCUCGAUGUCUGCUGCCCAAAAAUUACUUCAACUCCAUCAACGCGACGGCCGGCAGCAGCAGCAGGGCAAAGCGCGAGCAGCUAGCAAGCAGCAAGCAACAUGCCGGAUGGGUUUCGGCUGCGGCGGCGGCGGCGGCGGGCGGGGUCCCGUGUCGAGCACGGGGUUGCAUUUAAUGAACUUCCCGCCGACGCCGAUGGCGCUGCUUGCCAUUCAGCAGCUGGGGUUGGGAUCGGGCGCGGGAGGGGAGGUAGUUGGGCAUUUUUCGGCGGCGCUGAACGCCUAUCGGUCGUCGGCGGACUGUGACGGCGUGUGGAAUUCUCAGCACAGCAUCAGCAUCAGCAUCAACAGCAGCAGCACGAGAGGCAUGACACAAUGAGCACGAGCGAUGACUCGUAGUAAGUUUGACUUCACCGUUGACUGAGAUUGAGAUGAGUUCAUGCAUCAUAUUGUCGUUUCUCUCAUUGCUUUUAUGAAUUUACCUUUUUUAGAGGGGGUAAAAAGAGAUCAGGUGAAAGACAAUUUUUUUUUUUUGUUUCUAUUUGCCGUGGUGCUAGGGUUUCUUGGUGCUUUAAACUUGCUAGGGUUUUUAUUUUUUUAUUUUUGGAAUUUUUUUGUUCUUGGGGUAUGGCAAUUAACGGUAUGGUGGUGAGUUUUGGCUUCCAAACAUAUUGCAAGCAUUUCUCAUAUUUCAUGGUUAAUUUUUUAA